AUGUCCAGGUUUAUUCACCUCGACGUCCUGGUGGUCAGCCUGAUCAGCUGUUUCGCAUUGAUUGGGGCACAGCAGCAGCAGCCAUCCCACCAGCAGGAGCUUUCGAGAAUACAACUCCGUCCCCCGUGGCUGUUCUCGAUGCCCUGGCGUCCUUUGAUCCUGCCCACAGCUAGCCCUUUGCCUUCGUUGGCGGCGUUGGCUCAACUUAGUCCUGGCUACACGGGUCCGCAGACCUUUCCUCCAGUUCCACAGGAUCAACGACAACACACGCAACAAUAUCAGCAACAGACGCAGCAAUAUCAGCAGCAUCUACAGCAAUACCAACAUGCAUAUCCGCAGCAAUACCAGCAGCCGUCCGUCCUGGUGGGCUUAUUCGCUCCUCAGCUGCAGGCCCAGCCAUUGGCAGCUCCUCCUCCACAGGCGGGUCAUUUUAGCCUGCCCUUCAGGCCCUCCCCCUUCGCCGGUUACUCGGAUGACGCAGAUGUGGAUACAGCCCAGGGGCAGGGACACGCUAUACAGGAGCAAUCGGCCCAGCAGGAACUGCAGGAACCGCCCUACCAUGACCUUGCCUACAAUAAACCAGCGGCGGAGGGAUCCGAGCAGCCAAGGGGCUACGUCUACCUGUCGCCCAGUACUGCCUAUAAUCUCGUGAGAACUUAGGUUACAAGCAAAAGACAUGA